AAAUUUUUUUAGUCAUUCGAUGAAGAUAAACCUGAUAGUUAUUUUGUUCCGAGUACAAAUCAAUAUUCCGAGUAUAGAAAUUCAUCUAAUCUGAAUAUGGUGAAAUCGUGCCUUCGGAUGGACAAAUAUAGUAAUAUAUUUGAUGAUUGUAUUCAUGAUAAGAACUCAAAUCCUUAUUUGAGUGUCCGUAAAUUGAGCUUAGAACGUGCAAAUUGCAAUGAAAGCAACUAUCACGUGAUGACUAGUGCUCGGUUCUACGAAAAAGACGGCAUCAUCGGCAUUGAAGCUCAAUGUGGUUUACUUGUCGAUGGAAGAAUUAAUCCACAAUCGGUAAAAUGGAACACUAGAAAUAGAGACUACUUCACCAGAGAUAAUCCUCCGGAGCAUGUUGUACUCAAUUCACAACUGAGAACAUUUCUCAUUGAUGACUUCGUGUUGCCCGAUGGAGAAUUUGUGACGGCAGUUAAGCUUGAUCCGUAUCACCCCGAACAUUACAUAUCUUUUGUGGUUGAGGGACGAAAUUUAUAUGACCUGAAAAAGAAUUCCCUGUAUAAGGUUAAGCGUCCUGAAACCAAUGUACAUCGACCAGAUCAAUAUUUACAAGCAGCCAGGAAGGAGAUAAAAUUGUACCAACUCCCAGAAGUGUUUACUCAAACGAGUAAGACCUACGAAAUGAGUGAAUCGAGUAAGCAUUUGGUCAAAAUAGCUAAUUCCCAUUUAUUAAAAAAAACGGAAAUUUCUCCGUUGGUACCAUUCAUUGAUAUGAAUGUAUACAAUCCAUCACGUCCGUUACCUUUGGGUGGACUUGGAUUGAUGUACAAGAGUGUUCCUGGUCACGCUGGAUUUUUGACAUUCAAAUUCAUUUCUACCAAAUUUACGUCUUACAUCAGUCCUUCGUACGCUGAAGACUUUAACAUUCCGGGCCCAAAACUUCAUUACUAG